GGUCGUCCAUGUUUACAGUCGCAAUGGCGGCGAGCUACGGCUAACUGUCGAGAGAAAUAUCUGCAGAUAGUUUAUACUUACAGGCUCCGUCGCAACAAAUGGCCUCUCAGAUCCCGAUUACCGUGAGGACUCAGUCGCCGGCCGCCAGCUCUGCGGCUCUGCGGGGGAAGAAACGUCCUGUUAGUCCGGGGUUGUGUGUCGUCCAGCAGGCCGCCGGGAGCAACAGCAGCAGCGGCGGCAAGAAGAAGAAGGGAGCGGUGGCUGUGAUGCAGACAACGCCACAGACACAGAUUGCAGCAGUCGAGACAGUGGUUGAGGUGAAGUCAGUCACUUCAACAGACAGCGGCCCAGCCGCCACCACCACCACCACAGAAGCAAAGCCUCCACCGUUUAAAGACGCCACAUUUAUGCAUUCUGGGAUUGGUGGAGCUGCAGCAGGCAAAAAGAACAGGACCUGGAAAAACCUCAAGCAGAUUCUGGCUUUGGAGCGGACUUUACCCUGGAAACUUAAUGACCCAAACUACUACAACAUUGACGCUCCUCCCUCCCUGAAGCCUGCCAAAAAAUACUCCGACAUCUCCGGACUCCCGGCAAACUACACAGACCCUCAGACGAAGCUCCGCUUCACAUCAACUGAGGAGUUCGCCUACAUCCGUCUCCUCCCCACUGAUGUUGUUACAGGCUACCUGGCUCUCCGAAAGGCAACAUGCAUCGUGCCCUGAGAGCAGAGCAAGGCAUCAAAACCCUGAACCAAGCUCAUAAUUGACAGGGAUGGGACGAUGCAGACCUGCUCACACUGCUGAAACAUUCACACUGCUUUUAUCAGAAAGGCAGUUUGAGUCAUGGUCGUCACUGUGUGACGAAAUAAAUGAACGUUGAUUUUGAUUUCCUGUCGUUUUGGAAGGAAUGCCAUGACCUUUUUUUGAUCAUGGCGGGGUCCAAGGUGUUGGAUUUUAUAUUGUUAUAGAUGAUCUUUCUAACAUCAUCCAUUUCUCAUUGAUACAAUAAAAGUCUCCAAAUUAUUUUCACUUCUGCCUACUUGUUCUAAUCUCCACAUGCCUGGUAUCUCUUUCACAUGCUGGAGGAAGUCUUUCUACUUUCCCAGAACAGAUUCUAGAUAUUGGGAUGUUUUCACUAACCCCCUUAUAUCAUAUUUCAAACACCAUGUACAAGCAAUACUUGCUACAAUGUGGUGUGUCGCUGUGUAAAAUAUGUGUUUCCUGUUGUGUAAGUCCAGUCUGGCUGUGGGAGAGACAAGUUGUCAGCGAGUUUGCCAAGCUGUUUGAAGGAUCCUGUUAGUUUUCUACUGACUGUCAGCUACUUCUUAUAAAGUGCCCAUUAAAACCAGCUUGGAGUUA